UUCCCACCAGCUCCGCUCCACACAACAGCCAAGUACAGUGACCAGUGUACUGCUCGCUCACUCCUGGCCCUGCCGCCCUUGGAUGCGCCUCGCCGCACGCCAUGGCAUCCGCCGUCGCCAGUAGCAUGCCCGCCGCGGCCCCCGCCGCCGUCUCCUACGGCUGGCUCGGCCCGCGCCUCUCCUUCAGCCGCGACGCCCCUUCUGCCGUGGCGGCGGAUCACGGCAAGGCCUUGUCGCUGGAGAGCAGCUGCAAGGCGGAUCAGCCCGCCGCGGCGGCGUCCAAGGACUUCAUCGACUUCGAGUUCAGUUUCGGCGGGUCGGCGACCAUGCUCCCCGCCGACGAGCUGUUCGCGGACGGGAAGCUGCUGCCCCUCCGGCCGCAGCCUGCCGCGGCGGCGCCGGAGGCUGAGCAGGAGCGGGAGAGUGCGCCGGCGGAGAUCCCGGCGACGCCUGAGAUGGUGAAAACCCACCGUCCUUCGGUGACCGAGGCGUUCGACCCCUACGUAUUCUCCCCCAAGGCGCCGACGUGCUCCAGCCGCUGGCGGGAGCUGCUCAGGCUCAGGAAGGUCCAGACCCCGCAGAAGCCGUCUGCGUCGCCGUCGCCUCCGCAAUCUCCUUCGCCGGUGCCGGCGACUCCCUCCAGAGCCUCCAACUCGUCGGCGGCCAGGUCCCUUAAGCUGCUGCUGCUCCAGCGGAACGGCGGCCGCGCGUCCGGUGCCGCCGCGUCGGACCUCUCCGCGUCGCCGCUCCUCCGCGACAGCUCGGACUCGGAGGCGUCCCUCUCACUCGCCUCCUCCCGCUUCUCCAUGUCGUCGUCCUCCUCCUCCUCCGCCCACGACCACGAAGACUUCCCCCGCCACUCCCUCGACUCGGUCGACCUCACCCCGAAGCCACGUAUCAGGCUCGUCCGCUCCCAACCCCAGCGCCAUUGCCACCCGCCCGCCUCCGCCCCACCCCAGCGCCAUUGCCCCCCGCCUGCCUCCGCCCCGCCGCGCGCUGCCCUCAGCCCCGCCCGUCGCCGUCCCGCCACCCCGCCGCCGCCUUCCGUGGCCUCGGUGGACUCCCCGCGCAUGAACUCCUCCGGCAAGAUCGUGUUCCAGGGGCUCGAGCGCAGCUCCAGCUCCCCCGCCGGCAGCGUCCACUCCAGCCUCCGGUCCCGCUCGCGCGUGAUGGACCGGUCAUACUCCACGCCGGUGGUGCUCAACGUGCCCGUGUGCUCGCGGCCGUCGUUCGGGUUCUUCAAGGACAAGAAGGAGACGGCGGCGAAGGACGCAGCCGCGCGGCUGCGGUCGUCGCUCGGCCGGAAGGCGGCCCAUCCCGCCGCCCCCGGCGGAAGCAGCGUGAGUAGCAGAGAUCUUGGCACCAGCAAAUGCAAUUGACCUUGUUUUGACUGAGCUAGCUAGGUUUAGCGGUAGAGCAAGUAGCCUCCAUUAGGUAAUACAGUACGUACUAGGCAGCUCCCAUUUCCUUUGCCAAGAAAAGGGAACAGAACAAGAUUGAGAGAGAUAGCUAGUUUGGAUUUGGAGUGAACAAGAGAUCCCAAGAUGGAAGAGAAAACUGCGAGCUCUGAUUUUUUGUGCUUGUCUUUAGGAGAAGCUGGCUAAGCUAGAGCCCCAUGUUGAUGCAUUUUGCUCCUCCCCAUGUAAAUUUUGUCUAAUGUGUUUCACCAUCCUUUUUCCUCUAAACUUCGUGUUCUGCUUUCUCCAAGCACAUUCGAUCGCGCGUUUGUUCUGAAUUCUUCAGGAAGAGGAGAAAAGAUAUGAAAGAGAUUUCUCAA